UAGGUUUUGCGCUAAAAAUUUCACGCGAGAUUCAUCUUUGAGUAACGGCUUCUAAGCACUAUCUCAUGAUCUCAUCACCUCCCUCCUCACGUUUUAGCCGUCUCAUGAUCUCAUCACAGCUUCCUGCUACUCAAGCGUCAUCUGCUUUAGCCGUCUACCUCCCUACCACUGUGAGGAAUGGCACCAUCAAGCAAUGCCACUGACUCAACGGCUGGAAAUUCUUCAGCCGCCACUGGAAGUCAACAACAAGGAGAUUGUUUGAAGAAGAAAAAAGCCGGAAGAGGAAAAACCACAGGCAUAAGUGUUUCGAAAAGAAAAGAGAAGUCUGCAACUGAAAAAUUACAUGUGGUUAUUCCACCUGGUAAGAUGGUGGUUGUAGGACCAGGAGCUCCAGAUUUUGUUACUGAAAUAUCUGUGCAAGUCCAAAAGAGAGUUCCUUUUAAUGUCAAGAAAUGGAAAAAAGUUCCCGAUGAGGCAAAAGAUGAUAUAGUAUCAAAAGUUUAUAAUGCUUUUGACAUUGAUCAAACAGACCAUAACAAAGAUGUCAUUCUUGCUACAACAGAAAGACUCAACCGAAGCCAUAGAGGUAGACUUCAUCAACACUUUAAACAAUAUGAAACAAAUGAAAUUGCUUUGGAACAUAAACCUGGUGAGUUAAGUGAGGGAGAUUGGGAGUACUUGGUAGAUUAUUUUUCAAGUCCUGACUAUAAGGCAAUGAAUGAAAGAAACAAAUCAAAUAAAGCAAAACAAGCAAUUAAUCAUAGAUAUGGAAGGAAGUCAUUUCAAGCUGUUAGCUAUGAUGCGAGAGAUCCUGAAACUGGAAAUGAGUCUAAUUAUCAAGAUUUAUGGCGAAUGACUCACACAAACAAUAGUGGGGUUUGGAUAAAUGAGGCUUCUAGGGAAUUUCAUGUGAGGGUUGAAGAAGCUUCUAUGCGGAUGUUAGAAGAAACAAAUGAGGACGUUGAGGAAGAUCCUAUUAUAAACAAGGCUUUUAAAUCAGUUGUAGGGGAACGUUCAGGGUAUAGUUGUGGUCUUGGUGUUGGAAUUCAACCUACAAAGGGAAAAUCUACUGCAGGUCUACAUGAACAAUUAGUGAGCGAACGAGAAAAGCGUCAGGGUGUAGAAAUGAAACUGAAAGAAGUUGAGUCUCAACUUCUAGAGGAGCGUAACAUUAGAGAAGAAAUGGCUACACGCAUUGAAGAUAGUCAAAAGCAACUUGAAGAAAGGGAAAAACAAUUUGAAGAAAGGGUAGAAAAGCAACUUGAAGAAAGAAUAGAAAAGAAUUUGAGGAAAGGAUGACAACCUUCUUCUGUAGAACGCAAUUGAUAAGCUGGAUAAUAUUCACAGGGUUGAAACUACUAAAAACAUGGAUUGCACACAUGUCAAUUGGUGGAGUUUCAACUCACUGAUGAUGACAUACUUGAAGCAAUUUUAGGCAAGAAAAGUUGAUGAUGUGGCUGUCACACUUUAUUUAUUGAUUAUGUAUGUUUGUUUUUUAUUUUGAGAACAAUAUUUUUUAGGACCCAUUGAGUACUGGAAUUUUAUUUUAUUGUAUCCAAUUAUGUUUUUUUAUGAAGUAUCCAAUUAUAU